AUCCCGCUUCUUCGCGCUCUCUCCCCUGAGCAGCUCAUAUAUAUUGUGAUGGACCGCCUCUCAUCACCGCCGAUAUUUUCAGUCCCAGAAGACAUCUCGGGCCUAAUCAGGCUGGUCUGGCAACAGGCUAGACAACCUCUGAUAGUUCCAUUGCUGAAGGUCUUGGUGGCGGCGUGCUUGGUGAUGUCGACAAUGCUGUUUGUGGAGAGAGUUUACAUGGGGAUCGUUAUCUUCUUCAUCAAGCUGCUUCGGCGGCGACCCGAGAAGCAGUACAAGUGGGAGGCGAUGGGGGAGGACAUUGAGGCUGGGAGCUCGGCUUAUCCCAUGGUGCUAGUGCAAAUCCCCAUGUACAACGAGAAAGAGGUUUACCAGCUAUCCAUUGGAGCUGCAUGCGGGCUUUCAUGGCCGGCUGAUCGGAUCAUAAUACAAGUUCUCGACGAUUCAACGGACCCGACAAUUAAGGAGUUAAAGAAAUUAGAGUGCCAAAGAUGGGCGAGCAAAGGCAUCAACAUAAAGUAUGAGAUUCGAGACAACAGGAAAGGGUACAAAGCCGGGGCACUCAAAGAAGGCAUGAAGCACAGCUAUGUCAAACAAUGUGACUACGUCGCCAUCUUCGAUGCCGAUUUCCAACCCGAGCCUGAUUUUCUGUGGCGAACCAUACCUUUCUUAGUCCAUAACCCCGAAAUCGGGCUUGUCCAAGCUCGGUGGAAGUUUGUGAAUUCUGAUGAAUGCUUAAUGACGAGGAUGCAAGAAAUGUCACUGGACUACCAUUUUACUGUGGAACAGGAAGUGGGCUCUGCAACCUAUGCCUUCUUUGGCUUCAACGGGACAGCGGGCGUGUGGAGGAUCUCCGCUCUGAAUGAGGCCGGAGGAUGGAAAGACCGAACGACCGUCGAGGACAUGGAUUUGGCUGUGCGGGCUAGUCUCAAAGGAUGGAAAUUCGUCUAUGUCAGUGACCUCAAGGUGAAGAGUGAAUUGCCAAGUACCUUCAAGGCAUACCGCUACCAGCAGCACCGGUGGUCUUGCGGCCCGGCCAAUCUCUUUCGGAAAAUGGUGGUGGAAAUCAUCCAAAACAAGAAAGUGUCCAUGUGGAAGAAGUUCUACGUGAUAUACAGCUUUUUCUUCGUCCGGAAGAUCGUGGCCCACGUCGUCACGUUCGUGUUCUAUUGCAUCGUCAUGCCAGCGACCGUGCUAGUUCCAGAAGUAGAAGUCUCCAAAUGGGGGGCUGUUUAUAUCCCCUGCACUGUUACUCUCCUCAAUUCAGUUGGUACUCCAAGGUCACUCCAUCUGCUGGUGUUCUGGGUCCUGUUCGAGAACGUGAUGGCGCUGCACCGGACCAAGGCGACCUUCAUCGGGCUGCUGGAGGCAGGCCGAGUGAACGAGUGGGUCGUCACCCAGAAGCUAGGCGACGCCCUCAAGACGAAGCCGGGGAAAGCUCACAGGAGGCUUCGCAUCUGGAUCGGACAAAGAGUCCAUGUGGUGGAGCUUUGCGUUGGCGCCUAUCUCUUCGUCUGCGGAUGCUACGACUUGGCUCACGGCAAGAACCGCUACUUCCUCUACCUCUUCCUGCAGUCCUUCGCCUUCUUUGUUGCUGGGAUUGGCUAUGUGGGCACGUUCAUUCCCAGCUCUUAGUCUUACCACAAAGAAUAAAAAUUAAAUAUAAAAAACGAUAUCGCCGCCGUCGCCGUCGCCGCCGUCGUGAUUAUUAUUAUUACAAUUGAAUUUAUAGUUAUUAUUCAUUUGGAGGGGUUUUUCCUCUCAAACUGUUGUAUUCAGAUGUGAUUAAGACGAGGAAGGGACACUGCCAUUCCAUUCUUUUGUGUAGAGCACGAAGAUGCUGCUAUUGUACUCUGUUGAUCUACAAAGGCAAAGUAGAUUACAAUUAUUGUGCUAUUACUUUUGCUGAAAUUAUAUAUGAGUCACAUCAAACGUUUUUGGCUCAA